AUGACACGAGAACUUUUUGUGACGCCACUUAUAUUUUUCGAGCUGUUGCGCAAAAUUUACAUCAAAAGCCAGCCGGCAGGGUCACCUCCGUUACCUGAUCAAUAUCUUGCUGCCAUAUCAUCGAAAUCACAGGUUCUCGACGCCAUGAAACUCUGGUUGACGAAGGGUGGCGGAGCUCAAGAUGUAUUGGAUGACUCUCAGCUCCUUCAAGCACUUCGAGCCUUUUUUGCCAGUUCUAGUGAUCACAUCAUUCAUUCUUCCGCCGCCACCUUCGAGAACCCAAGCUUGGGAUAA